AUGAGCAAAGAGUGUGAUGAUAAUUUGACACCACAUCAUCAAUUAUUUUCAUUAUAUAAACAAAUACUUUACACAGAAGUACAAGGAUUUGCAGCAAUGGCAUUUUCAUACAUGUGGAAAAAUGAUACUAGAUCUGAUUAUGAACUGAAGGAUGUUAAACAUAGAAGAUUGAGAAAUAUUAUUGAUUACACAGAAUUGUUCAAAAAUAACAUGAAAAUGUCUAGAAAUGUUAUCCGACGAUGUGAUGCAAAAUAUAAAGAAAAUGAAAAUAUUAUAGGUAAUAAAGCUCAUGCUUCACUCAACAAUAUACUUUACACUACUGUACUCGAUCAAGAAAGUUUUAUGAUUUAUAAUACAUUAAUUAGAAUAUUAUUGCCAGACAGAUUUAGCUUGGAAAAUUUACAUAAAUAUUGCCACGAUGAUAAUCACAAUUUUCAAGACGUUUGUCCUGGUUUACUUAUGAAUUGUCGAACUGCAUUGUCCAUUGAUUAUUGUAAGCGGAAUAAAGAAGAUAAAACAAGUACAAAAAAUUAUUACUGGAUGAAAAUUAUAGAACGCGAGACGGAAAACCAAAUGACUUUUGGUGAUGGAAAUCAUUUUUGUCCAUCGUCUCAAUCACUGACAAAUAUUAUACGAGGGGGUUAUCCAAUGAAUCCAAAAAUUUCGACAUUAUAUCCAGUUUAUUGUGAUUGCAUUGAUGAAAAUAUUUACACUGAUAACGAAACGAUUAGAGCUUUCAGUUUGUUAUGGGUUGCAACUGGUGCAAGACUUGUUGCAAAAGAUCGUAUGAUUCAUAUUCAACUGAGAGAAGCUAAACUUUUGCCAUUUGGAGAAAUUGAUAAAACAACCGAGCGAUGGGUACCACUUCCGACAUUUAAAUAUAGUAAUAAUUUUCCAAAUUGGGCAACUUAUCCAAAUGGCACGGAAUUUUCAUUUGAAGAAAACGCACAUUUUGUGCCAAUACAAAGUCUUUUUGCAAGAAACAUAUGCUUACAAAAAGUGACUUUUGACGGAAAACAUUUAAUAACUGGUAUUAAAUUUAAACAUGAACCUGAAUUGAUUUUAAAUAAUCCUGAUGAUCCACUUAAAUUUAAAACACAUCCACAUGAUUCUGAAGAAAAUCAAUUUAUUUCUAUCAGAUCAUCGGACUUGAUUAAAGAUGCAUCACAAACAACAAUUCCAUUUUUUGAUCUUUUAGAAGUUGCACCUGAAACGAGUGUACCAAUUACCGGGAUUGAGCUAUUUCACAAGGGACAAUUUGAUGGUACAUCUGGUGGAUAUGUUUCUCUGAAAAUUCAUCCAAUAAAUUUAACUACAUUUAUGAAUCCACCAUUUGGUCUUGGGGUUCUUAAGAUUGAAGACGAUUAA